UUAUUAGACGAUGGUUGAAAUUUUGAAACACAACACAACUUUCAUUUCCCUAUCCACUACCUCGUCGUUCACUUCAACAUGGCGGUUUCACCUUACGCCGCCGUUUCAACCCCUCGUGUUUGUUCUCCACCUAGUGUUUCCACUAAAAUCUACUCUGGAUUGAAACUCCAAUCUUCACGUUCUUUUGGAGCGUCUUCCGUUUCAUCUAGCGUAAAUGCUCAGUUUUUCGGUAAAGUUAACAAAGUUCUCAAUUUCCGGUAUGCUAACCAGAAACCAGUUAGGGCACAAUUUCUAAUGAUGCCCAUUGGAACUCCUAGAGUACGCUAUAAAACACCCGGUGAAGAUUCUUGGCAAUGGAUUGAUUUAUGGAAUGCCCUUUAUCGAGAACGUGUUGUCUUCAUUGCACAAGAGAUAAAUGAAGAAUUUAGUAAUCAAAUAUUGGCAACUUUGCUGUAUCUUGACAGUAUAGAUAACACCAGGUUUCUCUAUUUGUACAUUAAUGGUCCUGGUGGGGAGCUUACACCAUGCUUGGCUCUCUAUGAUACCAUGCAGAGCUUGGAGACUCCUAUAGCCACUCAUUGUGUGGGCCAAGCUUAUAAUAUGGCAUCAUUUCUUCUUGCAGCUGGACAAAAGGGAAAACGUACUGCAAUGCCUCUUUCAAGAAUUGCUCUCCAAUCUCCAGCAGGAUCUGCUCGUGGUCGGGCGGAUGAUAUUCGAAAUGAAGCAGAUGAACUUCUUAGAAUCAGAGAUUACGUUUUCAAGGAGUUAGCGAGCAAAACAGGCCAGCCUUUUGAGAAGAUUGCCGAAGACUUGAAAAGGAUAAAACGGUUUGAUGCACAAGGGGCCAUUGACUAUGGGCUCAUUGACAAAAUUGUAAGGCCACCCCGCAUAAAAGCUCAUGCAUCUCACGAGGAUGCAGGCGCAGGCAUUGGUUAAGACCUCUUAGUUUACAGUCCUUUUAUAUUUGCAGAACCAGAGUGUUUCACAUUCUAUUUCCUUAGUCAACUUUGGGGAUAUGUAUAAUCUUUGGUAGUCAUAUUCUGUUCAUAUCUUGAUGCUCGGUGCUUGAAUUCCAACUCUUACUGAAUGAACCAAUCCAAGGUACCUGUAUUGUGAAACUUUACUA